AUGGAGGUCGCCACGGGCGCCGUCUCGUGGGUAGAGAAAGCGGAGGGCGAGACGGUGCUGCUGGGCUGCACCUGGACGGUCGAUCCGGCGCCCACUGAACACCUGGACGUGGAGUGGUUCAUGCAGAUGCCCACCACCAACAUCCAUUUGGCCACGUACGUCAGGGGCGUGGAGCACGUCUACCCGGAGUACGCGUCCCGCAUGCGCUUCGCCCGCAACGUGACGCAGCGGGACGCGUCGCUGAAGAUCGUCGGGGUGCAGACGCGAGACUACGGCUUCUACACGUGCAAAGUCAAGUUCGGCGCUUUCAUCCAGCAGGUGUCCGUCAAGCUCAUCGUGCUGGUGAAGCCGACCCAGCCAGUCUGCGUGGUGAACGCGAGCAGUGACGCCGGCCUCGUGCCGGGCGCCCUGAUGGGCGUGCUGCUCGUCGUCGCUGCGACCGCUUCCUCCUCUGGUACCCGGCUGCUCAAGCGCAAGCCGGGGCUGCACGCACGACCGUCGCAACGACGUCUG